AUGAAGAAUUUAAGAAUAGUAAUUGAUCCAUUUUGCUUAAAGCAAUUUGACCCUAAUGUAAAGACUUCUACAUAUGUAUGCUCUACUGUUGAGGAAAUGCAAGAACAUCUUAAUAAAAUUUAUGAUCCCUCUAAAUUAGUUGAUGGAUAUGCCCCUUUCUGCAAACAUCUUUUCAUUCCUAAUUUUACUUAAACAAAGUUGUCAACAUCAAAGAUUACUCCAGAAAAUGAGCAUUUAUUAAAAACAAUUUAUGAAGCUAGAACUGAAAAGGAACUGCCUGUUCUUAGAAGAUACUUCCCUGUAGGAUCUGUACCUUAAGAAGUAGCUUCUCAUCUUGAUAUUAUUUUAUAUUCAAAAGAAUAAAUCUAGUUAGAAAAUGCAGCUAUGGGCAAUGUAGAUCCUAAUAAAGAUAUCGAUUACCACUGGGGAGUUGUCAGUGUUAAACCCUAAAAUUUAGAUUAUGAAAUUCCUAUGGAUCCUAUCACCAUGAUGAGAAAUGCUUUAGGAAAGGAAGAAGGUGGGUCAGGAGUACCUUUGGACAGAAAGAAAUAUUUAGAAUCAGUUGAAUUUUGGUCUAAAAACGCAAUAAUUAAAUAAUGA